AUGUCCGAAAAGUCAAAUAAUGAGCAGAACAUUGGUUUCGACGCCCAGGAGGAGGCGGUUCAGUCACCGCAAUCCCUCUUGCAUCCAUCACCUGAAUUUCUCUCAAAACGCCUACACUACUGUUCCAAAUGCAGAUGGAUAUUGGAGAAUGCAGAUCUGAGUAUCCAGGACUACCCGGGGAAAGAAUAUGACUUUCACAACUGGGCGGGGUUGACUGACGCGGCCAGGGAGGGAUGUCACCACUGUUACGUUCUUCUAAAUACCUUGGACGAAGAGCAUGUCUUGCGCCUCACGAAUCCACAUAACUUGGGGUCGCAAGAAAGUACAAGCCCACUCAAGUUGCGAAUACGGUCUUGGGACCGGAGCUUUGGGAGUGGGACGCCCGAUGUAAUGGUAUCGUGGGAGGUGCAUUCAAUCAGUCACAAACUGUAUGACAUAACCUUGGAGCCACUCGAAGAAGGCAUAGACUUGAGUGAAGCGGAAGGUCAGUUUGUUGAGGCCACUAGCACUAACAGUGAAGCCAGCUGGAAGCAGAUACUCAGAUGGGUCGACCAGUGCUCCGUCAACCACCCUUCCUGCAUUGCUCAAAUUCGUCACGAUUCUCGAGACCGCAAGCCCACCCGGCUGUUAGUUGUGGGUGAUCUUGCCAACUCUUCGGUAAAUCUUUGCGAGACCAAAACUCUGGAUUUGUCGCGGACAGAUUACAUGACACUUAGUCAUUGCUGGGGUGACGGUGUUCCGCUACGUCUCUUGCACGAGAACUACAACAAAUUCCUUGCAGGGAUCGAGUUCAGCGAAAUACCGAAAACAUUCAGAGACGCCAUCGACGCAACUCGGCGUCUGAGUGUCCAAUACCUAUGGAUUGACUCUUUGUGUAUCAUCCAAGACUCUCGCGAAGAUUGGCUCCACGAAUCCGCAAAGAUGCAUCAUAUCUAUCAAAACUCAUACCUCAAUCUCAUGGCGGCUGCUUCAUCCAACUCCCACGGCGGGCUCUAUUCAUCGAAGUAUCCCUUUCUCAGCAUCCCAUUUCUUGUGCCCCUCGGAGAUCCUCACAGACCCAAACUCGCCUCGUAUCCUUACAUGAACGCCAGGAGAGAGAAUCUCAAUGAUCUCACUCUCUUCUCAAGAGGUUGGGUAAUGCAAGAGCGAGUCUUGGCUCGGCGAAACCUGAUCUUCGGAAAAGAGAUACAUUGGGAGUGUCACGACUCUACCGGGUCCGAAAACUCCCCUGUUGGAACUGCACUUGAAAAGCGACAACAUACUGUCGAGGGAGAAACAGAUGCAAGCCGCCGAAAUGUUUGGCAAAACAUCGUGAAGGAUUACUCACGCUUGAACCUGACGUUUGCGAGCGAUAGGCUCAUUGCAAUCGUGGGCAUGGCCGCCGAGUUGGGACAGCUCUGGGACGGUGUCCAAUAUCACGCCGGUCUUUGGUCGUUGCAUCUUCGUUCGAGCCUUCUUUGGCAUAGUAUGAAGCCCUCUAUUCCGGCAAAGGACUUCAUCGCGCCAUCCUGGUCGUGGGCUUCUGUCAGCACACCAGUCCAGUGGUUUGACGCCGACGACUUUGAUGGGUUAGCCGAAGUUGUGCAGGUGGACGUCACUUUGGUGUCGCAUGAACAUCCAUUUGGCCCUUUGACCAAGGGGACUAUCCGUCUCAACGGGCCCAUGUGCCAAGCAAGAUUGGUCAAGACGAUGUACACAGAGAUCUUGUGCUUCGAUCAAGACACAAAAGACACGGUUUCAAACCCUGACAUGCCCGAGGACAAUGACUCCGGAUUUCGCACAUUGGUGGUGCUCGACCACCUCCCUUGGAGCGAGAAAGAAACGGCUGCUGACACGGACGCGGGCAUCACAGUCUACGUGGCCCCCCUGCAGACCGACAUCGACCUCAAACUGACCUAUUCAGGUCUGCUCCGACUGGGAGGGCUGCUUUUGGUACGCACAAACUCGUCUCCAGGACAAUUCCGAAGAAUCGGGCACUUCUUUAUCCAGGACCCAUGGGGUAUGGAAGGCCGACGCGUCUAUGAGGAGCGCAUAGCGAAGAUGAGAAAAGAAGGGAAAAUUCAGCAGAAGGAUGAGAAACUCCCAAGCUUUGCCGACCGAGAGGAGUGGUUGAAGAAAGACCCGUUUGGCAACGGUGUAAUCACCAAAACGCUUCGCUCUCGCUAUACUUCGGCCGUUAACUUGGGUUAUACGGGGAAGAUCAGCAGGUUUUUGGACUAUAUCGAUCGAUGCGCAGAAGAGCGCAGGAAAGUGGGUGUUACGGACCCUAACCUCGGAGAAGAAGAUGUCGAAGCUAGGGGGUGGUAUCGAUGCGAGAUUGUUUGA